AUGAGAAUCGCGUUCUUCGCUUUUGCUCUUUUCGUAGUUGCCAUCAACGCGAGAUCCAUCUCUCGUCGUCAAGCCCAGAACUCGUAUGGAGAUGAGCAAGCGCCAGCUGCCCCAGAAGCCGCUGCUCCAGCUCCAGAAGCUGCACCAGUAGAGACCGCCCCAGAGCCAGUUGCUCAAGAAGCCGCCCCAGAAGCUGCUGCUCCAUCUGCUGAUUCUGGAUACAGAGCCAAGAGACAAGCCCAGAACUCGUACGGAGAUGAGCAAGCCCCAGCUGCCCAAGAAGCUGCUGCUCCAGCUCCAGAAGCUGCUCCAGCCGAGACCGCCCCAGAGCCAGUUGCUCAAGAAGCCGCCCCGGAAGCUGCUGCUCCAUCUGCUGAUUCUGGAUACAGAGCCAAGAGACAAGCCCAGAACUCGUAUGGAGAUGAGCAAGCCCCAGCUGCCCAAGAAGCUGCUGCUCCAGCUCCAGAAGCUGCUCCAGCCGAGACCGCCCCAGAGCCAGUUGCUCAAGAAGCCGCCCCGGAAGCUGCUGCUCCAUCUGCUGAUUCUGGAUACAGAGCCAAGAGACAAGCCCAGAACUCGUACGGAGAUGAGCAAGCCCCAGCUGCCCAAGAAGCUGCUGCUCCAGCUCCAGAAGCUGCUCCAGCCGAGACCGCCCCAGAGCCAGUUGCUCAAGAAGCCGCGCCAGAAGCCGCUGCUCCAUCUGCUGAUUCUGGAUACAGAGCCAAGAGACAAGCCCAGAACUCGUACGGAGAUGAGCAAGCCCCAGCUGCCCAAGAAGCUGCUGCUCCAGCUCCAGAAGCUGCUCCAGCCGAGACCGCCCCAGAGCCAGUUGCUCAAGAAGCCGCGCCAGAAGCCGCUGCUCCAUCUGCUGAUUCUGGAUACAGAGCCAAGAGACAAGCUCAGAACUCGUACGGAGAUGAGCAAGCCCCAGCUGCCCAAGAAGCUGCUGCUCCAGCUCCAGAAGCUGCUCCAGCCGAGACCGCCCCAGAGCCAGUUGCUCAAGAAGCCGCCCCAGAAGCUGCUGCUCCAUCUGCUGAUUCUGGAUACAGAGCCAAGAGACAAGCCCAGAACUCGUACGGAGAUGAGCAAGCCCCAGCUGCCCAAGAAGCUGCUGCUCCAGCUCCAGAAGCUGCUCCAGCCGAGACCGCCCCAGAGCCAGUUGCUCAAGAAGCCGCGCCAGAAGCCGCUGCUCCAUCUGCUGAUUCUGGAUACAGAGCCAAGAGACAAGCUCAGAACUCGUACGGAGAUGAGCAAGCCCCAGCUGCCCAAGAAGCUGCUGCUCCAGCUCCAGAAGCUGCUCCAGCCGAGACCGCCCCAGAGCCAGUUGCUCAAGAAGCCGCCCCAGAAGCUGCUGCUCCAUCUGCUGAUUCUGGAUACAGAGCCAAGAGACAAGCCCAGAACUCGUACGGAGAUGAGCAAGCCCCAGCUGCCCAAGAAGCUGCUGCUCCAGCUCCAGAAGCUGCUCCAGCCGAGACCGCCCCAGAGCCAGUUGCUCAAGAAGCCGCCCCGGAAGCUGCUGCUCCAUCUGCUGAUUCUGGAUACAGAGCCAAGAGACAAGCCCAGAACUCGUAUGGAGAUGAGCAAGCCCCAGCUGCCCAAGAAGCUGCUGCUCCAGCUCCAGAAGCUGCUCCAGCCGAGACCGCCCCAGAGCCAGUUGCUCAAGAAGCCGCGCCAGAAGCCGCUGCUCCAUCUGCUGAUUCUGGAUACAGAGCCAAGAGACAAGCACAGAACUCGUACGGAGAUGAGCAAGCCCCAGCUGCCCAAGAAGCUGCUGCUCCAGCUCCAGAAGCUGCUCCAGCCGAGACCGCCCCAGAGCCAGUUGCUCAAGAAGCCGCGCCAGAAGCCGCUGCUCCAUCUGCUGAUUCUGGAUACAGAGCCAAGAGACAAGCCCAGAACUCGUACGGAGAUGAGCAAGCCCCAGCUGCCCAAGAAGCUGCUGCUCCAGCUCCAGAAGCUGCUCCAGCCGAGACCGCCCCAGAGCCAGUUGCUCAAGAAGCCGCCCCGGAAGCUGCUGCUCCAUCUGCUGAUUCUGGAUACAGAGCCAAGAGACAAGCCCAGAACUCGUACGGAGAUGAGCAAGCCCCAGCUGCCCAAGAAGCUGCUGCUCCAGCUCCAGAAGCUGCUCCAGCCGAGACCGCCCCAGAGCCAGUUGCUCAAGAAGCCGCGCCAGAAGCCGCUGCUCCAUCUGCUGAUUCUGGAUACAGAGCCAAGAGACAAGCCCAGAACUCGUACGGAGAUGAGCAAGCCCCAUCUGCCCAAGAAGCUGCUGCUCCAGCUCCAGAAGCUGCCCCAGCCGAGACCGCCCCAGAGCCAGUUGCUCAAGAAGCCGCCCCAGAAGCUGCUGCUCCAUCUGCUGAUUCUGGAUACAGAGCCAAGAGACAAGCCCAGAACUCGUACGGAGAUGAGCAAGCCCCAGCUGCCCAAGAAGCUGCUGCUCCAGCUCCAGAAGCUGCUCCAGCCGAGACCGCCCCAGAGCCAGUUGCUCAAGAAGCCGCCCCGGAAGCUGCUGCUCCAUCUGCUGAUUCUGGAUACAGAGCCAAGAGACAAGCCCAGAACUCGUACGGAGAUGAGCAAGCCCCAGCUGCCCAAGAAGCUGCUGCUCCAGCUCCAGAAGCUGCUCCAGCCGAGACCGCCCCAGAGCCAGUUGCUCAAGAAGCCGCCCCAGAAGCUGCUGCUCCAUCUGCCGAUUCUGGAUACCGAUCAUAA